AAUAUUACAACUUUUGACAUCUUUGUUUUCUGCAUGCAUGUACGUAGUUUUCGUGAAUGGGAAGAUCUGUAAGAACCCUAAUAUGGUUGUGGCCGAAGAUUUCCUUUUCCGGGGCUUAAAUAAGCCUGGAAACACCUCAAAUCCACUUGGAUCGAGAGUCACUCCUGUCACUGUCAACCAGUUACCCGGGCUCAACACUUUGGGCAUUUCUGCUGUGCGUAUAGACUAUGCACCAAACGGUUUGAACCCACCGCAUACUCACCCACGUGCCACUGAGAUUCUUAUUUUGUUAAAAGGCACUCUUUAUGUUGGAUUCGUCACUUCGAAUCCAGCUGACCCUGCCUUGAAAAACAAACUCUUCACAAAGUAUUUGCACCCUGGGGACGUUUUUGUCUUUCCACAGGGUUUGAUUCAUUUCCAGUUUAAUGUUGGAAAGACCAAUGCUGUAGCAUUUGCUGGUCUGAGCAGCCAAAAUCCAGGUGUCAUUACUAUUGCUAAUGCAGUGUUUGGUUCGGAUCCUCCAAUUGACCCAGCUGUCCUGACAAAGGCGUUCCAGGUUGAGAAGGAUGUGAUUGACUAUCUUCAAAUGGGUCUUGUCUCCCUCACAACAUUAUUUGUUAUUGCUUGUUUGGCUUCAUUUGCAUAUGCAUCAGAUCCUAGCCCUCUUCAAGAUUUUUGUGUUGCCGUUAAAGAAGCCGAUGCAGCUGUUUUCGUGAAUGGGAAGAUCUGCAAGGACCCUAACAUGGUUGUGGCCGAAGAUUUCUUUUUGUCGGGUUUAAACAAGCCUGGAAAUACAUUAAAUCCAGUUGGAUCACGAGUCACUCCUGCUAAUGUUAACCAAAUUCCAGGGCUCAACACGUUGGGCAUUUCUGCUGUUCGUAUAGACUACGCACCAAACGGUUUGAACCCACCCCACACCCACCCACGUGCCACCGAGAUUCUAGUUGUGUCAGAAGGUACUCUUUAUGUUGGCUUUGUCACUUCAAAUCCAGCUAACCCCGCCAUUAAGAACAAGCUCUUCACAAAGUAUUUGUACCCUGGGGACGUUUUCGUCUUUCCAGAGGGUUUGAUACAUUUCCAAUUCAACGUGGGAAAGACCAACGCUGUCGCUUUUGCUGCUUUAAGCAGCCAAAAUCCAGGCGUCAUUACUAUUGCAAACGCAGUGUUUGGUUCGGAUCCACCAAUUAAUCCAGCAGUUCUAACAAAGGGAUUCCAAGUUGAGAAGAAUGUGAUUGACUAUCUUCAGGCGCAGUUCUGGUGGAACAUCGAUUAAGUAUGACACCCUCGUCAUAAGAAUCUUGUUACUAAUGAAUGACAUAUUGUCCAUAAUAAAGCUAUUGUACUGUUCUUUGUGUAUUUCAUUCGUCUGAAUAAAUAAUAUGACUAGUAUGGUUUGUAAACUAUA